AUGACGCUGAUGAUUUUGAUGAGUUUUUGUAACGAAAAAGGAUUUCGCAGCUGGAGAAAAUUGAAUCCUCGAAUUUAUAAGCAUGAAAAAAUUCCGGGUCACAGAAAUGCAAAACGUGAAUAUUUGGAUUUUGAAGCACGACUUGAAAAAUUAUGUGUAAUUGAUUAUGAACUCCAAAGCCAUAUUUCAAGUGAGAAAGGGAAAUGGCGACUUAUUGUUGAACGAAUUGUCGAUGUUGUUUUCCUUCUGUCAAGACAGAAUAUUGCGUUUCGAAGUCACAGAGAUGAAAGAGUUUCAAAGUUGGUUAACGAUAAUGCUUACGAAAACAAUUCUGGAAACUUUUCGGAAAUAAUCGGACUAUUGGCAGAUUAUGACGUUGUUUUGUUUGAACAUUUACAGAAUGCGAGGAAAAACCCCAACAAAGUCAACUAUCUUUCGAAUAAAAGUCAAAAUGAAUUAAUCAAACUUAUUGCCGGUAUAAUUAAGAAGAAGAUUAUUUCUGAAGUAGAGAAAGCCAAAUAUUACACUCUGAUGUUAGAUUCUACUCCAGAUAUAUCACGUGAGGAUCAAAUUGCCGAGAUCUUGAGAUACGUUCACAUCACAUUCGUUUCUCUCUUGAAAUUUUGGUGCCCUAUUUUGUCAUCCGUUCAGAGAGUGACAAAACGCUUACAAGAUCCCAAGAUCGAUUUAAUUCAGGCAAGUGAUGAUCUUGAUGGGCUUAGUAGAAUUAUUGAUCUGAAAUCUGAGGACAUUAUUAAGAAUGCAGUCAGAUCGGCAUCCGAAUACUGCGAGGAGUGGAAUGUACCAUUGACAAGAGUCAGGCGAAGAAAAAUGAUGCCUGGAGAAAGUGUGAAAGACUGUGGCUUAUCAGCAAUUGAGGAAAUGCAAAGAAUUAUGAAUGAAAUCGCAAACAGACUGAAGACCGUACUUUCAGAACGCUCAGGCCGCGUUAGUAGACUCGCUGACAAGUUUUCCUUCUUAUUAAAGUUGGACUCAAUUGAUGGUGAAAAUAUUGAACAUUUGAAAACCUUGAAACGACAGUGCGAGAUUUUUUCUAACCAUUUUGAGACUGACGUAAACUCAUCCUCCCUCUACGAAGAAAUAGUUGAUUGCAUUACGCUUUUCCGAAGUGGAAACAGAAAUUUUCCAAAAAAUGCUAAAGAUUUUCUUGCCUCAUUGGUUGGGCUUGACUGUGAUGUUUUUCCAACUUUAUGCAUUGGAUAUCGUUUAUUACUCACAAUUGGCUACUCAAUUGCUAGUUGUGAAUGA